GAAGGACGGACGCUCAUUCGUCCGACAAUCGAGAGCGACUCGGUGGGGGUUCACAGUAGAGCUUGACUCGUGUGCUGAACGGUGUCGUCUGCAUUCAUAGUCCGCGAGCAUUCACAACCAUGUUUGUCCUUCCGCCGCCGCCGCGAUAUCCCAAUGGCAACCUCUAUACGGGCAUGCCCGGUGGCGGGCCUCUACUGGAAACCAACAACACGCUCGAGCAUCCAACGGGCCCGGAGUAUCAGCUCGUGCUUGGAGAGGGCACGUAUGUCCUCAAGGACGACCUGCAUCUAGCCACGCCGCCGCCGCACCCCAGCGAUGCGCCGCAACCGAAUAACAAUCCGCUGGCAACCAUCGCCGGACCUCCAACCACCGGGGCGAAGCUUUCCAUUGCGAUUAUUGAACCACGUCGGCCGCCUUCGCAGAACCUCUUUCGCACCAUUACCACACAGAGCACUCGGUCACAGGUUCCUCCAAGCAUCCAGGAAGAGGUUCAUAGCCCCAAGAGCGAUGCAGGCUCCACGGCGAAUGGCUUUGGCUCGCAUUCUUAUUACAAUCAAGUUCCCACCUUUGGCGACGGCAAUCCAGCUCUUGCCGCGGCUGUUAACCCCAAGGCAAAGAAGGAUCAGAAGGCCAAGCCGAAGAAUAACAUUGUCAAGUCCAAUUCAUCCUAUGUGUCCAGGGUCAUACCUCACGAAUCGCUGCAGAAGCGGCUGAGCGAACGAUCCACCGAUGGCCUAUUCGCUUUUGCCAACGUGAACCGCGCCUUUAUGUGGCUGGACCUCUCGUCUCCCAUCAAGGUUGAGAAUCUGACCAAAGUGCUCUUCACCAAAGCACAUGCGCUGUGCCAUGACGUAAACCCAUUGACCAGAUCGACCACUCACCUAGACGUGGUGCUGGGCUUCAACACCAGCGAUAUCAUGUGGUACGAGCCCAUGUCACAAAAGUACGCUCGACUGAACAAGAACGGCAUGAUCAAUCCAUCUCCGGUGGUUUGCAUACGUUGGCUUCCUAACAAGGAGAAUUACUUUGUGGCCGCACACACUGAUGGAACCCUUGUGGUAUAUGACAAGGAGAAGGAAGAUGCGGAAUUCGUGCCCGAGGAGAGCACUUCUCAGGAAACGACAGGUGGCGCAGCGCACGAUCUGCUUCGCGUCCGCAAAUCGGUGCAAUCACGUAACCAGAAAAGCAACCCAGUGGCGGCGUGGAAGGUGUCCAAUAUGAAGAUCAACGACAUCGCGUUCUCGCCCGAUGGACAGCUGCUGGCCGCCGUCAGUGAUGAUGGCUGCCUGACUAUUAUUGAUUACAUCAACGAGAAGGUGCUCGACGUUCAUCGUGCCUAUUAUGGCGGACUAUUGUGCGUGACAUGGUCGCCUGACGGCAGAUACGUCCUGUCAGGUGGUCAAGACGACUUGGUCAGUAUCUGGUCCCUCGCCGAACGGGCGCUGGUGGCGAGAUGCAUUGGACAUCAUUCGUGGGUCACGGACGUGAAGUUCGAUCCGUGGAGGUGUGACGAGAGGAACUAUCGAUUUGGAAGCGUGGGCGAGGACUGCCGACUCUUGCUCUGGGAUUUCUCAGUAGGCAUGCUUGGGCGCCCCAAGGCCAUGAGAGCGCGCGGUAGCAUUUCGAGCCAUGUGCCUGGGGACCGGAAACAGAGCUCAGUGACUGCUGGCCGAUUCAGGAGCAAUUCCAACCUCACGCAGGUCCCUACGGCGGAGAGCACAGAAGAUGCUGAGGUUGUACAUCCGGUUGACUCGAAAGCGAGCACGGCUGUGCUGCCGCCUGUCAUGUCCAAGAGCAUCGACGAGCACCCUCUGUGUUGGCUGGGCUUCGAAGCCGAUAGUAUCAUCACCUCAUGCAAAGACGGACAUAUUCGAGAAUGGCAGCGGCCCACCGAUGGGUCGUGAUGUGGUUGCACAAGAGCCCGGCUCACAUGAGAGAUGAGGCCAUGUCAGCCCGACCGCAAUAUGUACACAUCCAUGGCGAGAGGAGGGUCGUGCUCGCGGCGCAAUCGUGUUCCCAGGUCGACGAGUUGCGCAGCGGUGAUGAGUUUUACGUUGAGGACCACGCCAUUGCUGUAACAGUAGUGCCGACGUCCAGGCGUCGGGAUGAUGGUUCGUGCUAGCGGCGCACUCAAGAGCUUCUAGCGCGUCUGCUGCAUGCUCAGAUCUGCUGCAGCUGCUGCGAGCGAUAGACUACCGCUGUGGCGUCAUCGUUCACGCGCGGUUGUGGCUGCAAUUUUUCUUUGUACAUGUCUUGUUAACGAGCAGACGAUGGCAUGUUAGAUGGUAGCACAAUCCACUUCCUUUCACUGCCA